AUGGCAUCCGAUAACGAGACAAGAUCAACGUUACCUAAUGAGACAUUCAAUUUUGCAACGAAGGAUACAAAUAUCACUGAUGAUAAAGGAUUUUUGAAUUGGUUUUACGCUUUAAUUGGCAAACCAAUACCAACCGCUACACCAAUACCAGAAAUUAUUGAACCUCAGAAAUGUUCUUCGUGUGUAUGUGGUUUGACAAAUACACAGAAACGAAUAGUGGCAGGUGUUGAAACGAAAGUAAACCAAUAUCCGUGGAUGGCAUUGUUAAAAUAUAAGAAACGUUUUUAUUGCGGUGGAUCUAUUAUAAAUUCAAGAUACGUUUUAACAGCAGCUCACUGCGUUGACAGAUUUGAUCCAAGUUUAAUGUCCGUAGUUCUUUUGGAACACGAUCGAAAUUCUACUACGGAAACUCAAAUACAAGAAUACAAAGUGGAACAAGUUAUAAGGCAUAGUGGUUAUUCAUUCAUUAAUUAUAACAAUGAUAUUGCUUUAAUCAAAUUGAACAGCGUUGUCGAGUUUGUAGGUUUAAUGAGACCUGUUUGUUUACCAGACAAAGGAAAAACGUAUGCCGAUUCGAUUGGUAUCGUUACUGGAUGGGGUGCUGUUAAAGAAUCAGGACCCGUUUCCAACACUUUGCAAGAAGUUAUGGUUCCCAUUCUCACUAAUACUCAGUGCCGUUCAUUGAACUAUCCAUCAAGAAGAAUCACUGAUAAUAUGAUAUGUGCUGGAUACGCGCAAGGAGAGAAGGAUUCUUGUCAAGGCGAUAGUGGAGGUCCGUUACAUGUAGUUAAUGAUUCUGUUCAUCAAGUCGUUGGUAUAGUCUCAUGGGGUGAAGGAUGUGCACAACCCAAAUAUCCAGGAGUUUACACUCGAGUAAAUCGAUACCUUACAUGGAUUUUACGUAACACGGCAGACAGUUGUUAUUGCUGA